CGGAGGUAAACGAUCGUUUCCUGUAUCGGCGGCCGACCGAAUCCGGUCCAGAAUUAAGUUGCGGCAGGUUCCCGUCCAGCGUCGCCACAUUCCAGACGUGCAGGAGCAGCCGGGAUAAAUCAAAAAAUGUGGAUCGCGAUGAUGCGAAGGAGUCGGGAUCCGCUCCCCGAAUCGAUACAAGGAGCUGCGCCUCUUCUCCUCUCUCACUUUGACUUGCAUCAUCGUUUAACUGUGCGAGAGUGAGUGUGUGUUUGUGUGUGCAAAAUCCGCGCACAACGGUCCAUGGGCGGCUGUUCCCGAAAAAGUGUAAUUUGCCAAUUCGGUGACGGUCCAAAUCAGAAAGUAUUUGCUGUUUUGAAAUACUGAAAAAACGUUUCGCGAUUUGGUUUGUGGCGAUUUCUUUUUUUUUUUGCGCGUGAGUGAUACUUAUUUUUGUGAGAUUGUUUUGGCACAAAACCGACCUUUUUUCUUCAAAAUAAUGCUACGCUAUUAUCAUCUGUUGUGAAUUUAUAAGAAUAAUAUAAAACAGAGAUUUUAUUUAACGUAAACCAUAUAUCCCCAAGAAAAUGUACCAAAGAACUAUAAAAGUGAUGUGUGUUUAAAAUUAGUCCCAAAAAGGAACAGUAUACGAAAACACCAUCAUCUUCAUACAAUGACCGCUUUCAAGAAUAAAUUCUCGCCGCUCGUAUUCCUACUGCUGUUAUUUUUGCUGAAUUCCUCUGUGUGCCAAAGAAUAAAUGAUACCGGGACUGCGCAAAAUUCAACAGAUCUAGGAUUUAGUAGCAUCCAUUUUGUUAAACCUGAGAGCCAUUAUGACGUAGAGAGUAACGCCAGUACUUACAGAUUGAAAAGAAGUCCAAACACGAGCAGGAAAAUAGCUGAUAUUGCCGCUAGACUAAGCAAAGAAAAAGAAACAGAACCUAAAGGACAAAACGUUGUUCAUAUCGAUGAGGCUACUAGAAAACUACGUUUAUUGGGAAGAAAUCAGUCAAAUAGGGAAUAUAACGUCGAUCAGGAAUUUAAUAAGAAAAAUGACAGGAUUAGAGUGCUCCAUUCACGAAAUAUGCAGGAUAGGCAAUACUUUACCGAUUACAAUUGCAAUUUUGAGAAUGACUGUAAAUGGACGUGGCGGAAAGAUAUUGCCAACGGGUUUUACAUUACAACAGGUGGAAAUCAUCUCACGGAAAACGACACCGGACCGAAAGUUGAUGCUAACAAACGACAAUUUGGCAGUUACCUUAUCCUCCGGCUUCCUCCCAAAUCUAAAGAAUUUCACGUGAUUAGUCCCUUAUUUGGACCCACAACACCAACAUGCAAGCUAACAUUUGACGUUUAUCAAGAAAACAUGGAAAAUGGAACAAUCCGAGUUAUAGGAGAUAAAACCAUCGAUAACGUUCGUGGUCAUCCUUUAAAUAAUCAUACCCAAUGGGUGGUACAGUCCUUUCGUGGAAAUAAUAAUAAAGAAUGGAAAAAAGAAGAAAUCCUGUUGGGAAAGAUCACGACCAAUUUCACUAUUCUUGUUGAGGUGGUGGCGGCGGAACAAAUGGUACCUGGUGCCACGGUGGCUUUCGAUAAUCUCCAACUAUACGAGUGUUUCACUAAAACUGACGAAACCUGCUCGCAACAACAAUACAAAUGUAAUCGCACUAAAGAAUGUGUUAAUUCAACAGCCAUUUGCGAUUUUAAUCAAGAUUGCCCGCAUGGCGAUGACGAAGCUUUAAAUUGUCAUAUGAUGCCCUAUGGUUCAAGAUGCACUUUUGAAGAAGACGAUUGGUGUGGCUGGGCGAAUGCGGACGACAAAAAUGUCUUGAAAUGGUCCAGACAUAAUGGAUCGACACCAAACAAUUUCACAGGACCCCAUUAUGAUCACACAUUUUUAAAUUCUAGCGGCAAUUAUUUGUAUGUUAAUAUGCUGAACGAAAAAUCUUCCUUUGCCAGUCAAGCGGUCUUGAGGAGCGUUAUUUUUAACCCUCCUCCUAAAGUGCAUGGCAAUUCUUCAUCAAGAUAUUUUAAUUCUUGCGCGAUACGUUUUUAUUUGCAUAAGACUGGUAAACACAAAAGCGCACUUUUAAUACAAGUAAACGAAAUAACCCCGACAGAAAAUAAAACUACUAAAAUUUAUUGGAGUUACAUGGAGGACCAUGGAGAUCAAUGGAUCAGAGAAGUCUAUGUUUUACCAAAUAUUACCAAUAGAUACUUUAUGCAUUUCGAAGCUAAGAAGGGCUAUCGAUAUAGCGAUAUUGCUAUAGAUGAUGUCUCACUUAGCCCCGAAUGUUUUGGCAUUAAUAUCCCAGAAGAGGAGCUCCAGGGGUACAAUUACUGGAACCCAAAGCUCGAUGUUGCAGCGAUUAAAGAAACUGUUGAUGAUUUUAAAAAUAAAACUUAUUAUAAAAUCAGUACAUGUAAUAAUACAGGAAGAUAUGGUCCAACCUCUGACAAAUGCAGAAAAGCUUAUAAUGGAUCUUCCACUAGUAUUAGAGUAUUGCAUGAUGCUGGGCUAAGUGGUGUGCAGAAAUGGAUCGUGCCUGAAGAUAAUCAUUAUACAUUUAUACUUGCCGGUGCAAGUGGUGGUAAAGGUAGUUCUGGAAUGGGUUCGUCUAGGGGCGCAGUGGUCCGAGCUGUGAUGGAACUUUCUAGGGGUCAAGAAAUAUUUUUGAUGGUGGGACAGGAGGGAAAUAGCGCAUGCCUUAAGUUUAUCGGACAAAUCAAUAAUUGUUCUACUUCAGAAGAUGCUAAACAAAAACCACAAACGGUCCUGAUACGAGAUCUUUUGAACCUGGAUAUAAUUGACAAUGGUGGAGGAGGGGGAGGUGGUACCUUCUUAUUUUUGAGAAAUCGUACAAAAAGUAGCAUCCCUAUUGCAGUAGCCGCCGGAGGUGGAGGAUUAGGUCUUGGCCGGUAUUUUGAUAAUGAUAAGUUCCACGGUCAAGGACUGAAAAAGGUGGUGCCAGUAUCUGGAAGUUCAUUUGGCUUAAAAGGUGCAGGUGCAGGUGGCGGAUGGAAAAAUCCUCCUGGUGUGGUAAGUCAUUAUCCGAUGACCGGCGGAUCCCUUGUCAUGGGAGGAAUCGGUGGUAAGGCAUGUUAUACUUCCUACGAUGGUAAAGGUGAUGGAGGAUAUGGUGGCGGAGGAGGUGGAUGCAGAAAUGGUGGAGGGGGUGGUGGUUAUGCCGGUGGAAAUGCCAAUUCAACUAACGGUGACGGAGGCGUUUCUUAUGUGGACACAUCUAAAACAUUGCCCGGUUUUGCAAAGGCUGAAAUGGGACAGAACGCUGGUCCAGGAUACGUAAUUAUUAUACCAGCAAUCGAUGGCUGCGACUGCGAUUAUCAUUGCGUAGCUUUGGAUGAAAAACGUUCGGAAACUAUGUGUAUUUGUCCGCAGACAUGGAAGCUUUCUGAUAAUAAAAAGUCGUGCAUACCUGUUAUGAUUAACAGAGAUCCACCAUAUCCACCUUGGUUGGUUGUCGUUUUAAUAAUAACAAUUUUCUGCUUAACAUUCCUAUUUGGAUUAAUGUGUUUCAUUUUAUUUCUUCCAGAUAAUCGUUAUCAGCAGCAAGUAUCCGGUUUACUAAGGAGAAAAGGUUGUCCAAUUUCAGACGUCCAGCUCAGUAGACUGCGCCAUGCCUCUGGUAGUGUCACCACCCAGUACAACCCCAAUUAUGAGUUUGGAGGAGUAGUUACUACCAUUUCGGAUUUGCAACACAUACCAAGAGAUCAGUUGAGAUUAGUCAAAGCAUUGGGUCAAGGUGCCUUCGGCGAGGUUUAUCAAGGGUUCUAUAGACAGCGACCGUGUGACACUGUCGAGAUGCCCGUAGCCGUAAAAACUCUCGGUGAAAUGACAGUGAAGCAAAACGAAGACGACUUUUUGACAGAAGCCCUUAUUAUGUCGAAGUUUAACCACCCCAACAUUGUUCAUUUUAUUGGGGUAUGUUUUGACAUAGCUCCGAAGUUCAUCGUUUUGGAGCUCUUGACUGGCGGAGAUUUAAAGAAUUUUUUAAGGGAAUCUAGACCCAAACCGGGUCGUCCUAGCCCAAUCACGAUGAAGGAUUUAGUUUUUAUAGCCAUAGAUAUAGCGAGGGGCUGUAGGUAUUUGGAAGAGAAACGAUUUAUUCACAGGGAUAUAGCUGCCAGAAAUUGUCUUUUGACCACAAAAGGACCCGGAAGGGUGGCAAAGAUUGCAGAUUUUGGCAUGUCCAGAGAUAUUUAUAGAGCGGAUUAUUAUAGAAAAGAUGGCAAAGCGAUGUUACCUGUGAAAUGGAUGCCUCCCGAGGCCUUUUUGGAGGGGAUUUUUAGCUCUAAAACGGAUGUCUGGUCAUUCGGUAUUCUCUUGUGGGAGAUACAAAAAAUGGGUUUCAUGCCGUAUACCGGCUGCACCAAUAAAGAGGUUAUGGAUUUGGUGAUGCAGGGGGGCCGAUUAGAAAAGCCUGAAAAUUGUCCGGGUCCAAUUUAUGGCAUAAUGGCCUCCUGUUGGCAUCCGCAACCAGAAGACAGACCGAGCUUUGCAACUAUUCUAGAAAGAUUGGGUUACUGUUCUCAGGACCCCGAUGUCGUCAACGCUCCUUUGCCUGUUUUUUAUGGUACAAAUCCCUCUAGCGAACGUGACGCAACUAUUAUAAGACCGAGCGAUUCUAACGAUAAUUGUUUGCAGGUUCUACCAAAUAAUCCAUCAGAUUACUUGGUGCCGAAUUAUACUCAUCCUUCAACACCGGAAGUUGUAGAGUCGACAUCGUCAGUGGAAAAGUUGAUACCGGAUAGCGGUCGUAGCUUGAACGAAACUUCAUUUAUGUUGCCGAAUUCGCGUUCGACACAACCUUUACUUCAAUGCUCAAAUAGCGGAGAAGAAGAUGGUACACAUACAGCCAGUGGGCAUCACUCAAAUAAUCUAUUGAAAAUCGAGUCGACAGUAAAGUCGGGCGUUUCGCUGGAUGCUUCUGCGCUCGCAAAAUCUUUGAUGACGCCCAAUCAUAAAAAGAGGUAUGCGAAUCUGGAUGAAAAUGGUGGCAUCUUAGUGGCAAAUGGAGGGCAUUCGAUAAGACUCGCCACAAAAGGAGAUGAUGAAAUUAUUCAUUGUUAGAAUUAAUUGAAUGUUAAUAAUAAUACCUCUUUACGGUAUUUUCAUUAUUUUUACCAUAUAGGAUUAAGUAAAUUUAGAUUUAGGAUUCUCAAGAACUGAAAGGCGAAACGAAAUAAUGAUACUUAUAUAACAGUUACAUAUAUGUGAAUGUAAAAGUUUAGUAGGAUAUUUCAUCCGUUUUAGAGAUAAGAAAAAUAUAAUACCAUACAUUUUUUUAAAUAAAUUCCUGACUGCACAAAAAGUAAAAAUUUGGGUUUUUAAAGGUUCAUAGGUAUAUAAUACCAAAAAUUAAUUGACACUAAAAACAAUUCUAGGAGGGUAUUACAUUUGUUUUAGGUUUCCGAGGGAAAAUUACUUAUUUUGCUCAAUUUAUGUGCUUGUAGUUAUUCACGUUCUUUAUUUAAUGUUUUUGGGCAAACCUUUUAAAAUAUUACUUAAUAUACGUACCUAUGCAACAUUUUUACAAGCAUGUAUUCUUCCCCGCUUGACGUCCAAUUUUGUAUUGUAAAAUAAGUAAUAAUAGAAUAUUAUUAUAAUAAAAGAAUAAUAUGUGUUAAAUAUAUUUAUAGUAUUAAUCAGGUGAUUUCAAAUUAGGAGUGAUUCCAACACCAUUUUUUUAUUUAUAAGUAGCCAUAUAAAAAAAAUCUACUACUAUAAUACCAUCCAGUUUACUUAAGAAAUCGCAAUUUUUCCAGAACAUCAUAAAAAGUAAUUUAUGUUUACAUAUAUCAAAAUAAGGUAAUAAUGUUCCAAUGGCUCUAUGAAUGUUAUACAGGGUUAUUUAGAUGUUAAAAGGUACGCAAAUCUUUAUCGUAUGUGAUAAAAAAGCUGUAUUUUUUGCAUAACAAUUAAAAUAUACCUGCUUAAUUUUAUAGGUUUACUAAAAAAAAACCAAAUAUAUUAAAUCUAAGAUUUAUGUACUUCAAAAGACUUAAAUAGGUUCCCUAUAUUUAAAUUGGUUUGUUAAAUGUAUUAACUUAAAAGAUAAUAUAAAUGAAACGUAUCACAAGUAAAUAUUUAACUUAAUAUCGAGGUUACUUAGUUCAGUCUCAAAUAGCAAAGAAAGGGUUAAAGAAAACAGCCUACAAUUAUAAUCUUUAACUAGUUUCCUUCAUUUCAUUAAAUUUAAAUAAAUUCCAGGUAAAACGUUUAGCGUACCUUACUGUAGUAACGCAUUUCAGUUCCUGCUAUCAAAAAAUAAACGAUUUUGUAAUUUUCUACAGGUAUAUACUUACUUCAUAAUUAGUGUCUAUAAUUUUGUACAAAGAGCUGAAAAAACGCUUUAAAAUAGAACUUAAGAUGUACAUAUUAGCAAAUAUUAAAAAUCUACAAGAAAUUUUAUCACUUCCCGGUAGCAUGGCGAAUAUACUCCAAAUAUUUUUUUUUUUUAACGUCUCCAUUGAAGGCUUAUUAAUAAAGACCGACUUUGAUCUUACAUGCUUAAAAUUCGCCUUGGUACCUGGUAUUUUAUGAAGCCGGUGAAAAAUCUUUUUUUUAAUUUAUUUUUAUAAUUCUGUGUAAUAUGAAAUACAUACAGUUAGUGGUGCUCUCUAUAUAUGUUGUACUUUUUUGUAUAGAUUUUAUAAAAGUAUAAUUCUGUUUGAAAAAUUAUAUGUAUAUUUAUUUAAUCAAUCUGAUAAAGACCUACAGAAAUGUUUAUAUUUAUUUCUGACUUUAUAAAACUAAAAUAUAAUAUGAUUAAAUUGUAUACACUUAUUUAAGAUUAUUAUAUGACAAAAUAAAUAUAUAGGUGUUAA